AUGAGCUUGACUCUACUGCGACAAAGACAGGCCGAGAAGAAUAAGGGCCAGGGAGAGGACGCAGUAAAGGGUGAAGGCACGAGUAUUCCCGACGAAUCAACUGUGCAGUUAGUAGAGCCAGAUGACCCUGAUUAUGCAUACUUCAAGACCCUUCCCGAUAAUGGCUUUGUCCUCCUCCACACGUUGCUACAGCUUGCAGACAUUCAAUCAGCAGAAAUAGAUCUCGAUACCUUGGUCUCAGAGCUUCCAGAGGAGAAGGGCGACGACUCUCUAUACAUCCAAACUGAGACGGACAAGGUUUCUGUUUUUGUGACAAAUAUUGCCCGGACGGUUACAGAAGUGAUGCUGCGUAACGAAUUUGGCGCAAUUUGCUCAGUCCAGGCGGUGCAUAUGGGAAGAAACGGGUUCCGCGGGCUGCGCACAGCUGUGAUCAAGUGCUCGACAAUCGAGGAUGUUAACCGGGUCAUCGCCACAAAGCAUGGGACGCUCUUUCAUGGAGAACAGUUAACCGUCAUUCCAAAGCGCACGUACGUUGGUCCACAGAGAGAGCGUCAAGGAGGACCAAGUGGUGGCAGGGCGCAACGUGGAAAGGGAAGAGGAAGAUUCGUCAAGUUCCUUAAGAAGUAA